AUGGCUGAUACACAAACACCACCAUCUGAACAGACGCCGCUCAUCGAGCCAGCAACAAAACAUGACUCUCUGACGGACCUGAGCACCCUCCGAGGAUGGGGCAUUUGUGCCCUGAUGUCCCUCCUCAUUUUCAUUCAAGCAACCAACAUCUCAAUGAUGACAACCGCGCAAUCCGAAGUCGCUGCGGACUUAGAUGCCUUCGCCGAGGCAACAUGGUUUACCUCCACAUUCAUGAUCGCAGCCUCGAGCGUAACUCCGCUGGCAGGACGAUUCGCAGCGAUCUUCACCGCACGUCUUUGCUUGGUUUUCUCAAGUACAAUCCUGGCAAUCGGCCUAUUCAUCACUGCUGCUGCCCCGUCAUUAGCGGUCUUCUUAUUGGGCCGUGCUGUUACAGGAAUGGGAAGUGGGGGUUUGAUGAGUAUCGCUAUCAUGUUGAUUUUGGAUUUCACCAGUACCCGGAGACGAGGAUUGUUUAUUGGGCUUAUCAGCACCAAUUACACGGUGGGACUUUCUUCGGGUGCCGUCCUAGCCGGACUUUUGACGCCUAUUAUUGGAUGGCGCCUCAUCUUUUGGAUUCAAGCUCCAGCGGCGCUUGUUCUAGGACCCCUACUAUACCUCGCUAUUCCACCACCAGCCGAAGAUCAUAGCUCGCUGAGGGAAGGGACUUUGCUCCAAAGUCUUGCUCGGAUAGAUUAUGCUGGUGCCCUGACAAUAACAAUCUCGGUCGUCCUCUUUCUCACCAGCUUGGCCUCUCCCGAGGUUCUCAUCUGGCCUAUUCCAUUGUCAUUAGCAUUUCUCGGUUUCUUUCUUCUUAUCGAGUCUCGAUGGGCCCGCGAACCCAUCAUUCCGGUCCACCUAUUCCGGAACCGUAGCGUGCUGCUAUCAUGCCUCGCCGGUGUGGGCUUAAUGAUGUCUCGCUGGUGUGUCGUAUUCUUCAGUCCCGUCUACGCGAUUGCGGUUCGGGGAUGGGCUCCCGCAUCCGCAGGACUCAUUCUUGUCCCGACCAAUGCAGGAUUCGGAACUGGCGGGAUACUUGUGGGUUGGCUUCAUAUUCGCAAAGGAGGUAGCUAUUAUGCAUCUUGCUUAGUCCUCUUCAUGCUCUUUGCACUCGCGACAAUGGCCCUCUCAAUUCUAUCUUCAGAGGAUUCUGCAGCAGCAUUAUUCAUGACAGCGACCUUUUUGAACGGAUUCUUUGCCGGUGCACUAAUGAACUACACCAUGUCACAUCUGCUACAUCUCACUAGUCCUCACAUGCACUACAUCGUUAGUGCUUUAUUCACCACAUUCCGCGCGCUCGCGGGUAGCUUUGGAUCCGCUGUCGGAGGAGGCUUCUUCACCCGGAUUCUCAAGGGGUCAUUGGAAUCGGGCUUCUCUCGACAUGGACUCUCGCCCAAACCGGACUUGGUUCGCACCCUUCUUGGUAGUCCUGCCACGGUAUCCCAUUUGGAUGGCAUUGAGCGGCUAGUAGCUGUUCAGAGCUAUGAACAUGCAUUCAGUAUGCUAUUUAUGGCGGCUACUUUCUUGAUACUGGUGGCUGCAGUCUUCCAGGCUGGGACUGGAUGGACGGCGGGAAACGACGACAAGACUGAUGAAUGA